AUGGCCCCAAGCCCGGAUUCUUCUACCCUCACCUUUUUCUUUACAGUUGUUGUCGCCUUUGUGGUGAUCCGCUGGUUCAUCAUUGCAGAAAAUGUAACAGGAGAUAAUCCACCACCAACAGGAUCCGGGACUACUUCUGGCCCGCAAUCUGACACUUCAUCAUCAUCCCCAUCAUCAUCUUCAGGGAACGCUGAGCCUUCCCGUCGUCGUAAUUUGCGCCGAGUUACUGCAGAAGAAGCUUCUGGCAAUUCAUCAUUAUCUGCACCACCAUCAUCGUCUUCUUCUUCUUCUUCUUCAUCAUCAUCUGCACCAUCAUCAUCUGGAACUGGGUAUAUUCCUGCAGAAUCGACUGAGCACCGUAAUCGACGGCCUGUGACUGAGAGUAUGAUUGAGGUUGUUGCAGCCAUGGCUCCUAACUUGGCACGUGAGCAGAUUGAGUAUGAUUUACAGCAGACUGGCAAUAUUGAAUCGACGAUUGAAAAGUAUUUGACUACUGGUAGUCUGCCGUUCCCUCCCAACUAUAAUGUUAUAUCAUCGUCAUCGUCAUCUUUAAAUAAUAAUAAUAAUAAUAAGGGGAAGGGUAAGACUCUUGGGAAAACGUUUGAAAUGAGUGAUUCACAGUUGGAAAAGGAACUCACAGAUCAUAAAAUGAAGUGGAGUACAAGCAAGGAGGAACGCCAAAAAACUCUGGCCAAGCAACGCGAACUUAUGAUGGCCAAGGCCCGCCGGGACUUUAAGAAGCAAGAGGGCAAUUAA